CAGAACUUCUCCGCUAUCCGCUGAUCGUCUUCGCGCAGGAUGGCGAAGCAGACGGGCGAACUCACGAUCGUGGAGAGACAGGUGCGACGGAUGAUGGACGCGCGAGCGAAGGAGCGGGAAGAGGAGCUUCGACUCGAGAACGACGCGAACGCGCUGCGAAAGGCUGGCGAGGCGCGAUUGCGUGAACUCGAACUCGACGGCGACGACGACGCGGACGCCGCGAACGUUCCCGUCGUCGUCGAGCUCAGAAAGAUGACCUCGAUCGAACUGGGCAUGGCUUACGCGUGGAUGCGAAAGGACGAGAUCGAGUACGGCGACGACUCGACGAAGUUCUGGAGCAACGCCGCGGGUUCUGUGCAGGAACUCUUCGAGGAGACGCACGCGCCCGGGGACGAAGCGUUGCUGAAUUCGGUCGAGCCGUGGCCGAAGCUCCUCGGCGCGUUCGCGAGAGGAAAACCCGUGCCCGUCGGCUUUGCGAUGCUGAAAUCCGACGGCCUGACCGUGGAGGCGUGUGGGGUCCGGCAGAGCAUGCGUCGGCUCGGGUACGGGAGACAAAUCGCGAUGUUAUGCAUCGAACGCGCGAGAGUAGCGGCGGCGGCGGGCGCGGGACCGCCGGUGUAUCGCAUCGACGCGGUGCCGAGCGCUGUGGCGUUUUGGAAAUCGUUAGGGUUCAGGCCAAGCAAGGAAGAGGACGACGCGUACACGCGCGUUAUGCGGAAGGUCUGUGGUGACGUGAGUUUGGAAUUAGCUUUUACCGGAGUGGUGAAUGCCCAGACGAAGAUGGUUGCUCCAGUUGCUCCAGAAGAGUCAUCAGAUUCGGAUAGCAUCUAGCUUAUUAGUGCUUUAGUACACUGUAGUUUCUACGU